UUUUUUUUAACUAGUAAUGGCGGCGAUCAGCGACUGCGAGACUGCUGCAAACAUUCUGACAAUGGGGGGAACUGACUUGGUGUCACUGACAUCGUCACUGACAUCCCCAGUGACACCAAUACACUCUGACACUGUACUAAUCGUACUGGGCAGCAAUGGGGUUAACAUGAGGGGCAAUCAAAGGGUUAACUGUGUGCAGGGAGUGUUUGUCAAUGUGCUUCACUGUAAGCACACUGCUUUGGAUGGCUGUGCUGUGCACAGCCAUCCAAAGCAGUGUGCCUGAGUUUACAGGGAGGAGAAGCGUUAGUAAACAAAAAGUCCUUCUCCCCAU